AUGAUUGAACAUAUAGUGUUCUGUACAAAUAUAUAUAUCGAUAAAAUUAAGUCAAAUUUUACCAGAGAAAGAGAUGUAGCUCAUACAACCACACGGGAAAUAAAAGGUUUACUUGGUUGCUUGUACAUGAUUGGUGCAAUAAAAUGUGGUCAUAGAAAUGCACGGGAUUUGUGGAAAUUAGAUGGAGUAGGUGUAGAUAUUGUAUCAUGUGUUACGUCAGAAAAACGGUUUGAAUUUUUAUUGCGAUUUAUACGUUUUGAUGACAUAAGAGGACGCGAAGAAAGAAAAAAAUUUGAUAAAAUAACCCAUGUGCGAUGGUUAUUUGAAAGUUUUAUACUACAGUGUAAACAGUCAUAUAGUUUAUCCGAGUUUGUCACUAUAGACGAAAAACUCCAAGCCUUUCGUGGUCGAUGUUCUUUUAGGCAGUACAUUCCGUCCAAACCUGCUAAAUAUGGUAUAAAAAUUUUUGCUAUGGUAGAUAACAUUUCAUAUUUCACCAGUAAUAUGGAAAUUUAUGCCGAAAAACAACCUGAUGGUUGUAUUGAUAACAGUCCGAAAAAUGUUGUUCAUCGUUUGAUACAACCUAUUAGGAAUACAGGAAGAAACGUGACAAUCGAUAACUGGUUUACUAGUGCUCCGCUCGCAGAUGAAUUACUGAAUCAAAAACUUACCUUACUUCGUACCCUUAGGAAAAAUAAAACUCAAAUACCACAGGAAUUUAAAAUCACGAAAAAUCGCCCUGUAUUUAGUUCUUAUUUUGGAUUUAGUGGAAAAAAAGUUCUAGUUUCAUACAAACCUAAAAAUAACAAAAUAGUAUUACUAUUAUCCACAAUGCACAAUGAUAAUUUAAUCGACAGUAGUACAGGAGCGGCAAAAAACCAAACAUGA